CUCAAAGUACUCGAUGUAUAGUUAAAAAAUGGGAGGGCACACUUGAACCGAGCUCCUCUAUGAAGGUAGGCUGCAGCGUGUGUUUAUUGAUGAGAUGAAAAGAAGAUGGAAGUGAGAAAUGAAACAAAGUAAAGGAACAUAUUAAAAAAAAACUACAGGCUUUGUCGGGGAAAAACUGGGGGGAGCCGUGGAAACGCUGUCGCCACUUUUUGAACGAGCUUCGGACCGCAGAACAACACAUGAUUUGGACAGAGAGGACUGACAGCAAUGCCUAGCACUGGCCUCUGAUCAGCCAUCUCCACCAGCAAAACUGAAGCUAGACCCGCACUUCAUCACCAGCCACACAAGCAUCUUCGCAACAAAACAUCAUCUGACUGUGACAUCAGUUGCAAGGGGAUGACCGAGCGCAUUCAUAACAUCAAUCUCCACAACUUCAGCAAUUCUGUACUUGAGACCCUCAAUGAGCAACGCAACCGUGGGCACUUCUGUGACGUGACUGUUCGGAUCCAUGGAAGUAUGCUGCGAGCUCACCGGUGCGUGCUGGCUGCUGGGAGCCCCUUCUUUCAGGACAAGCUGCUCUUGGGCUACAGCGACAUUGAGAUCCCUUCGGUGGUCUCAGUGCAAUCCAUCCAAAAGCUGAUUGACUUUAUGUACAGUGGGAUCCUACGGGUAUCUCAGUCGGAGGCCCUGCAGAUCCUCACUGCUGCCAGCAUCCUACAGAUCAAGACCGUUAUUGAUGAGUGCACCCGCAUCGUGUCCCAGAAUGUGGGCCUGGCUGGGCCAGGAGGGUUCCCUGUUAUACCAGGAGACUCUGGUCAGGAAACGCCCCGCGGCACGCCUGAGUCUGGCACGUCCGGGCCCAGCAGUGACGCAGAGUCAGGUUAUAUGCAAGCAACAUCCCAGCAAAAUGUGGAACGUGCAUACACAUCACUGUACUCCUACCCCGGCCUCUCUCUGCAGAACGGAACCCGCGAGCGCUCUCUCUACGUUAGCCCCAUGUCCACAAAUUACGAUCCGGCUCUCAGCACUCAGAAGGACCAGCAAGCUCAAGAUCCACCCUGGAUCACCCGCAUCCAUGAAAGAUCUCUCCUCUCCACGGAGUCUAGUCACUGCCGCAAGCAAUCUCGACCGGUACGCAUUAAUCCAGGAGGCAUGCACAUAAAGCAGGAGGCCGAAGAUGAGUACAACUGUUAUGACAAUUUAGGGGAGUGCCCAGAGGACCCUGACCAGACUGAGGGUGUGGAGAGUGAAUCCAAGGGUGAAAGCUUUGACUCAGGGGUCAGCUCCUCCAUCGGUACUGAACCAGAUGCUUUGGAUCAGCAGCCGUACCUGAUGGGCUUUGGGCGAGAGGGGGGUGGAGAUGGGCAGCAGGGUGACGGAGCACCAGUGCAGAUAGAGGUCAAUGACUCGUCCCCUGAACAAGUCCAAGAGACAGAGGAUGGGGUCACAUCCCACAGCACUAGUGACAGUAGCAUGAUGCAGCCCCUGCCAAACCCAGUCAUAUCCCAGUCCCUGCCAAGUGCCCCGCACUACAUGCGCCCGGCAGACUCACACACCAGCAAUAUAAGGAUGCCACUCACCGUGACCAGCAAUUCCCAGGUGAUGGGCACUGCUGGAAGCACCUUCCUGCCCACUCUCUUUCCUACUCAGCCGACUAGCAACAGCAAGUCUUUCCUCUUCAGCCUCCCGCCGACUAUGGGAGGCCAGCAGCAGCCCCAGUUUGUGGCAGUGCCACCCCCUGCAAUGUCAUCAUUCCCAAACCCAAUGCCGGUACCACAAGCGUCAGCUCAGCAGCAACAGGCUGCAGGAGGGAUGGGACAGGGGGAAAAGAAGCCCUAUGAAUGCACUCUCUGCAGUAAAACCUUUACUGCUAAACAGAACUACGUCAAACAUAUGUUUGUUCAUACUGGUGAAAAGCCUCAUCAGUGCAGCAUCUGUUGGCGCUCAUUCUCCCUGAAGGAUUACUUAAUCAAACACAUGGUGACACACACAGGGGUGCGAGCCUACCAGUGCAGCAUCUGCAACAAGCGCUUCACCCAAAAGAGCUCCCUCAAUGUCCACAUGCGGCUGCACCGUGGAGAGAAGUCCUAUGAGUGCUACAUCUGCAAGAAGAAGUUCUCACACAAAACCCUGCUGGAGAGGCACAUGGCCUUGCACAGCACAGGCGGCGCUGUCACGGGGAUGUCGGGGAGCGCAGGUACCGGCGGCCCAGUCUCCAUUCCUAUGCCCAUGGCUGUCCCCGAACCUGGAGCUGGAGUGGUGGCCCUCGCCAUGCCAGUGAGUGGAGGUGCUGGAGUAGGGGCUGGGGUUGGAACAGGAGUGGGUGUAGCUGCAGAAGCGAGCUGCCAAGAAGGGACCACCUACGUGUGCUCCGUCUGCCCUGCCAAGUUCGACCAAAUUGAGCACUUCAAUGACCACAUGCGAAUGCAUGUCUCCGAUGGAUAAGUACAAAUAGAUAAACUUCUUUCAAAAAGAAUGAAAAUAAAAUGGCACUAGAUUUUCCUUUUCUUAUUUUGGGGUAUGAAGAGUAAUGAGUAUAGACACUGGCACAUUAAGUUUCCCAAAAAAAAUGUUGUUUUUUGUUAUUCUAAAAGAAAAAAGAUGGUGGCCUUAAGGCUUAGUAGUUUGAUAUUGAUCUACUGGAUGGAUCCUAACUACAGGCCUCUAAAUGUAUGCUUUCCUAAAAUACUGAUUUAUGUGUUGAACACUACCGAAAGGCCUACGAAAGAAACACAUACACACAAACACACCUUUAGUGUAGAUAUGUCUGUGUGAGUAUACAUGUGCAUAUGGAUGAAUGUAUGUGUGCAUUUGCAUGUAUUUGUGUUUGUCUGAUUGUGCGCGUGUGCAUGUGUGUUGUCUGUGUGUGUGUGUGUGUGUGUGUGUGUGUGUGUGUGUGUGUGUGUGUGUGUGUGUGUGUGUGUGUGUACAUUGCCAUGGAACAUUUAUCAUGGCAGUUGUGAACCCAUACUGACCAGUUUGGAAACUAUAGAUGUCCAAGCUUACUGUGGUAUAAUUUACAACAACAAUAACAAAAAAAAAAAAAAAAAUCAUCUGGGGUUGGGCUACAUAUUCCCUCUAAAAAUACUGAUGGUCACAAGAUUGCCUUCUUAUGUAAAAUAAAAAAGGAGAGUAGUUAAUUUGACACUGGGUUUUAUUUAUUCCUAUGGUAUUAAGGGAUUAUAAUGCAGCUGUUGUCAAGGUACCAAUUUCAAUCAUUUUACUGAAAUGUAACUUCUUGUCAGUGGUUACAGGGGCAAUUAUUUCUCAUGUUUUAUAAUUAUUGUCCAUGCAUUUUGAUGGUUAAGUUUACUAAAUUAGGGUUUGUUGAUGAGACAGUAUUUGAGCAAAAAUAUAAUGUUUCCUUUUUUUUUUUUCCUGGAGUUUGAAGUAUAACUCAUUUGCAUACACUGCCACUAAUAUCUUAAAAGACUGUUAAGGCUAGUAAACUCUUCCAUUUCAAAAUAUAAGAUAAAAAGACACAAUCUUUUGCUGAUUUUUCUUUCUUUCUUUUCUUUUCUUUUUUUUUAGCCUAUUACAUUCACAGUUAUGGCAGGCUUGAAUAUGCGACUAAACUCUCUCCUUCAUAAUUGCUGCUCCUCAACUUGCACCUGACUGUUAUGGGAUGUAGAUUAAAAAAAAAAGAAAAAGGAUUUGACACUUUAACUAUUGUUGUUAUUGAGUAGCCUACAUGGUUAUAAUUUGAUAAUCUAAUUAUCUGUAAGGGGUUUAGGUUAGCUGUUGAUUGGAAUUAGUGCUGAAGAGGGAGGAUUUCAAUUUGAACCCAAAUUGGAAAAUAAAUGCCAUCCUGCUUCCUAGAAUCUCUGUAUAACCUGUUCAUUACUACUGCGAGGCUAUUUUAGCAGGUGGGAACUAAAUGCAUCACUCUCGGUGUAUUAGCUCUCCCUGGAGGUACAAAUGGCAUGCAACGUUUUGAAAGGAAAUACAGUCGGAAAGCAAAAACAAGUAGCUCCGGUGAUGUUACACUAACCGUUUUAUGAUAUACCACAAGUUGCAGAUGGACUUUCUAGAGAAUAGCAUACAUUCCUGAUUUUUCUAUUAAAAAAAAAAAAAACCUAGACACAGCAUGUACAGAAUAGAUCCAGAGGUUAGUUGGAGAAAGUUGUCAUCCACACAUCACAUCACACUUAUAAAGGCUCAUCUCUGAUUUUUGAAUUGUUUUUAUUGCUCUUUUUUUAAAAAAAAUCCAGAAUAGGACACACACACACACAUGCAACUGCCUGCAACUGCAGUCUGAAGGAUUUGCUCAUGUAUGUGCGCAAACACACUUUGGUAGUUGUAUUGUAGAACGAAUAACUAACCACACACACACAGAGGUCGAAAAAAGACCUGCUGUAGGUUCAAAAAAAAAAAAACAAAGUGCUACUUUGCACAUUUCUUAAAAUGCCUGUGCUUAAUAUUUAAUCAUUUUCCUUAAAUGAACUUCUAUGAUUUUCUUUUUUUUUUUUUUUCAAUUUCAAAGGAAAAAAAGUUUUUUUCUUUUAUCUUUUUUUUAAUCUUGAUAAGUGGACUGCAUUAUUUUUUCUUGCAUAUAUGUUGCACUGCUUAAACCAAUAAGUGCACUACUGUUACCAGAGAUAUUAUAGUUUUAGAAAAGAAGAAUUGUUUUUUUUUUUUUUUUAAAUCUAACAUUUGGUUGUAGAGUUCACAUGUAUUAGAAUAGCUUUGUUCCAAUUUAGUCAAUAAGUAUUUCAACAUUUCUGGGCUUUUGUUAUUGCUUGCAAUUACAUAUAUACUUGUGCCGUGUUGAUGCAAGCAUUUAUUUUUUAUUUAAAUCUGUACUGUUGAGUGUGCUCGUCUCUGUUUUAACCUUUUAAUACAUUACUUCUGUGGAGUCAGUCCCCUAUAACAGUUAUUGGAUUGCAUACAUUAGAACAGUCAGAAAUUUUCCUAUAAAAUCCAAGCCAAACAUUAACAACAAAACAACAACAAUAACAUUAAUAAUGAUGAUUAUCCUAAUAAUAAUGCUAAGAAUAAUAAUAAAAAAUAAAUUUAUAGUGUGUGUGUGUGUAACAUAAACAAAUAUGUGUGUCCUAGAACAAGUUUCUUUUUGGGAAUAUGGGUGAGGGGAGGUGAUGGAAUGCAGCUUAUUUGAUAUCUGUCAGUUGUACACAGUUGUGUCCCUUCCUUAGUGUUUGUAUGUCUGUGACCGUCUGUGUGUGGUAUAUAGCCUAAUCAAACUGUUGAAAAGUGGAAUAUCUGAACUGUAGGGCUUCCUUUGCAAUAUGCAGCGCAGGUACUAUGAGAAGCAGCUCUUGUAACCUUUUUUGGGCUAAUAACGCACCUGUACUUAUAUGCUCCGAGACCUGCCUAAAGACAACAGGUCAAACUCUGAUUAACUGUCAUCGUUCCCAUUUGGCAAAGCUCUGUUUAGCAUUUUGAUGCUGAACUCGCACCUAGAUCGCUAUCGGAUUUCAGAUCCGCGCUAAAAGUCCAUUAUGCGAGAGCAGCGUCCCAUUUUUCACCAUCAGAAAAAGAAAAAAAAAAUGACAAAACAGGGAAGUGAUAAACAUCGUUUGACCUAGAGGAAUCCUCCACUCUGGUUUCUCCUCAUCUGAAGGUUGUAAAAGGAAAAAAAAAAUCGUCCUCAGUAAAAGUAGCAUAUUAUUUGACAUUUGAUUGGGUAUUGUCUCCUUUGGUGUGCAUAUAAGCCUAAAUGAUAUGGUUCCUGUGUGUAGCUGUCGUUGCCAGGAUGGCAAUAUUGCUGCAUGUUAGUGCUAUAUUUGUCUCUACACAGCACGUGGAGGGUAAUCUCUUGCCUUAACAGACAAUGCACUAAAUAGAAUAUGUAAGCAACUGCCGAGAUCUCUUUCCAACAGUAUUGCCGCGCGUAUGGCACACAGCUCGUGAUGUUGGUGUCUGUUCAGUACAAAAGGUUAACACUGCCAAAACUAACACCGUCACUUAGCUGAAAGCAAAGGCAGAGACGUUAAUUGAAUUGUUUCAGUGUAACGUGUGUGUUCAGUAAUCUAGCAUUCCUUCAUGGCACUCGGCUGCAAUCCCGCGGCCGACCCUAAAUUUACAUAUUUUGUGUAAUACAUAUAUCAAAAUGCACUAUUGACUGUAGCUAGAUGAGUACUCCUUACAUCAGCUUGUUGGUAUCAUUGGUCUAAAUAGUAGGUUAAGUAGCUCGAUGUUGGUUUUGAAAUAUUUGAUUUCGAAAUGACACAAUCAAAUGUUUCCCUAUAAUUUUUUUUCUUUUUCUUUUUUUUUUUUUUUUGGAAUAUCAAAGUAGCCAGACUCAACAUUUAUCCGGAUGAGGGCUAAUUGAUCGUCCUGUCAUCAGUUGACGUCAUGUAUUAUAAAAGGGGGUUUGAUAGCAAACCAGGCUUGAAAGGGGAAGAACUUUUCUCUCCAGUGUGUCACAACCUACUAUAGCAUACCCAGGCUUUUUUCCCCUCCCCCCUAUUGCAAUAGCAUCACAUACUCUUCACUUGUCCAUAGUUAUAUAUUCCUUAUAAUGCUUCAGCUACUCAUUGUUGUGGUGCUUAAUUCUCUUUUUCUCUCAAUGUUGCAAAAAAAGUCUGUUGGAAAUCGUCAAACAGUUGCAACAUUAUCCUGAAAUAAGUCCUAUUCUCAAUUGUGCUUCUUAUAGUUGUUAGGUUUUUUUUAAAAAAGAAAAAGAAAAUAAAAACAGUCUAGACUCUUAUGUUUGCAAAGUGUAUGCUACAUAUUUUCCAGAAGAAAACAUAUUGAAAAAGUAGAUAGCCUCUUGAGCCUGCAGCUAUUUGUAUUGUGUUUCAGAUAUAUUAACGUUCAUGUUUUGUUUAUUUCAGUGUACAGACACAGGGUCUACAUCGUCGUCCUUCUCGCAGUGUGUUGAAUUCAUUGUUCUACUUUUUUUUUUUUUUUUUUAUUUCAGGACUUACUCCUGCUCUUUUUGUUUGGUUUCAUUUGUUUUUUUUUUCCUGGUGAUCAUAGUGAUGUUUAUACGUAGCUUCAUGUGAUCGGAUAAAGGAUAGUCGACUAUCGAGUAAGAUUUCCUAGUGUGCUAUACAUGCAUUGUAUUGUUUGCAUUAAGAGGAAAGGGUGGGAAAUAGUAAGGGUGAGGGGUCAUGUUGAGUACAAACAGGUUCAGUUUUCUGAUAAGGAUUUGUCUCGUCUGUCUUUCUAUCUGACAGCGACCGAACUUCUGUCUCCAUACAUCUAAGCCAGAUUUUUUUAUUUAAGCAUGAACUUAAGUCACAAAGUUAAGAAUUUACAGAAAAUCAUGCAACCAUUCAGAUAAUACUUAACUGCAUUUCUUUUGUCCUGCUACAGUACACGUAAGAAUGAAAUAAAGAUCUUCUUAUAAAUAUACUAUAUAUAUAUAAGAAUCACCAUCACCUAAAGAAAUACAUUUUCACAUAGUUUGAUAAAGAAAUAAAUGCAGCUAGAGUAUACCUUGUGGGAUAUAGGGAAUAAGCCUAUCAAGUGCCUAUCAGUACAUACAGCAACUAUACAGAAUAUUCAUAGUUUUUCUCUCCUAUAUUGCACAUAUACAGUAUAUACACAAUGGUCUAUGAAAAAAGAUACUAUUUAUACUGCUAACAAAAAAACCUGUUGGUCAUGAGUGCAUCUUAACAGAACCCUUUAAAAUACCUGAAAUUUUCUAUUCAUAUAAAGGCAACAUCUGCAAUGUUUUAUAUUUUAUUUACAUUGUGACAGUAUGGAGGAUUCAAAGAUUUAAAAUACAAUCGCUGCUUUUAAUGAAACUUUAAAAUGCAAAAAUGAAAGCUAAAAAAAAAAAAAAAUUAAAUGUAGGUUCAAAGUUGAAAUGGUCUAAAAAUGUAAUGGCACGUUGUCUUCUUUCACAUCACUCUUCCUCUGUGCCGUUGUACACCUGCAACUUUUAUUUUUUAUUUUGUUUUAUUUUAAGCCAUUUGCAAGCAGGGAGGCACAAGCCUUGCACAUGUUUUUUUUUUUUUUUUGGGGGGGGGAGGGUUGAAAGGGCACUGGCACCUUCCGAACAGCAGAGGGAGCGAGCUACACUUCACCUUGAGGAGUCUUGAAUUUGGUUCACACACACACACUCACACAGGAUACACACACUCACACACACACACACACACGCGCUGCCUGGCGCACUGCACCCAUGGAAAAAUUCAAGCCAGAAUCAACUCGAAGCUUGUAUUUCCAGUUAUUUUGUUUAUUUAAUAUCAACAUUAUGCAAACUACUAAUUAUUAUAUCCACAAGCAUGUUGAGUUUUUCAUGCUGAUGAGUCCAAUACUCACCGGCCCUUUGAGCUCCAGACUUUUUCAUCUGAUUUGUUUUUUAUUUUGUGCGUCGUCAGCCAGGCGUCUGUGUUGAUUCUGAGGGAAGAAAAAAAAUCUUCCUUCGCUUGAAUUAACAAGAAUAAAAUGUGUUAGUGGCCUAAGGAGCUGGCACUAGUCGUUAGUGGCUGGUUUACAAAGUACACUGUGCGCUCUUUGACCUUGACUGUUGGCCCCUGCACGUGCGAGCCCGGGCCCCGUUCAUUAAAGUUUCAUCUCAUCUCACGGCUUUAGCCACACGGGAAGGCUGCACCUUUCUUGGAGCUUAAAAAUUGUAAAGGGCGAGCAAAGAGCGAUGUGACCACAGGAACUGGCCAUUAAAAAUCACACUGGCUUUCUUUUCUCUCUCUCUCUCUCUCUCUCUCUCUCUCUCUCUCUCCCUUUUUAAAUUCUAAAAUAAAACCACAAGUGUAAAUACUGGGACAGUGAGUUUAACUUUUUGGCAAGACGCACAUUAUGUGUAUUAAGUUAGCUGCAAGUGGCUGGUUAAUUCCUUAUUUUAUGUUUUGGGAAUUUCAAUAUGGUGGAGUCCUAUAGUAAGACUGGGGUGAGGCUGAGGACUCAGAGAGCUCUGAGGCUGGGAGAUAAAAGGUGUUGGAGUUGCUUAUUAAACUGUCCCCUAUGGACUAAUUACCACAAUUUCAUCUCAAACUUUACCCCUAGUUGCACUGUGCCAAAUUUGGAAAAAGCUGCCACUUUAUUCUUGAUGGCAGAAAUGAACAGAAAAGGAAAAGCAAGAGAAUCUUUUUUUUUCUUUUUUUUCUUUUUUUUUUUUUUGCAAAUUCAAGCACUGCUGUAACACCCACAACAAAGCAUUUUAUUAUUUAUAAUAAAGCAUUUAUCAUAUCAAAUCAUAGUGAUUGCCUUUAUUUUAAAUCUUUGAAUCCUCCAUAUGACAUAGCUCUCAACUGAGUAAAUAGGAGAAAACAGCUAUGAUUAACACCUGAGGUUAAAUACACAUUUUAAAAAGGAGGUUUACUUGCAUAGACAUUUUAAUAAUAAUUUUAAAAUAUAGCAUUAAAUAUAGGCAAUGUGAUAUAGCUAGUCCCUGUCAUCCAACUAUCACACCACAACACACACACACAAAAAAAACAGGCAUUUGUUCAGAUUAUUACUGUGGCACGCAGCCGAGCGAGUUAUUCUACAUCGUCUAUAUUAUAUUAUCGUUUCUAUCUUUGUCCAGAUUUUUAAAGUAGGGCGCAGCUUAGCUAACUAUAACAACAUCUAGAUCAUAUUCACUCUGAUGCUUUCUCCAUACAUGUAAUUAUCACCCCACCCUGCUGACAUUUUUAUUAGACCGCAUCAGUGUCAGGUUUCAGACCCAAAUUUAGCAUGCAGUCGUGUUUAAACAGCUUUGCUUACUCUUUGUUUUUGAUGGAGCACAAACUAUAUAUUAAGUGUCCCCUCAAUAACAGGCUUGAACUCUUGGUACAUCAUUAUUAUGAUUAUUAUUAAUGUUUUAUUUCUUUUUAAUCAUAAGGAUUAGGAGACGUAGAUGUGGUUUAGCCUCCAAAGCCUAAACAUUGAGCCUCUUUGUGUUUUUGGGAGGUCAGGUGUAAUAGUCUUUUUGGAUUAGUCAAAUUCUUUGGGAAAAAAAAAAAAAUAAAGGUUCUACUUAUCAUUUGUGCAGCAUCACUGAAAUAUGCAUUCCUGUGAAGUCCAGAACAUUCCAGCACCUAGACUGGCACUCGUUUUCCACACUUAACUAACUUACCAUCGAGGAUGAUUUUCCAGCGUUUUGACUUUUUUUUUUUUUUUUUUUACAGAUCUGUCUGGAUAUUUGAUCAUGUAGUAGCAAACACCGCCCGCUAGUUAACAGAGUUUAAGGCUAAACAAUUUUUUUGUUUGUUUUUUUGCAUUACUCAAAUAGAUCUGAUGUUUUUCAAUCGCACCUUUUUAUUCGAAUUUCUCAUCCUCAUAAGCCUAAAGGACGGCUUAUUCUUGUGUUGACUGGUUCUAGGCAACAUGCACUACUUUAUUCUCUUUUCUCUACUUUACAUGUAUGUUGGUCUCUCUUUUUUGGGGCGUAGAGAUAUAAAACCUGAGGGGAAAAAAAAGAAAGAAAAAAAGGUUGAUGCUCUUCUUUAUCAUGAUGUUGGUCACUGUCUCAGCCAGCAUAUAAUCUGCCAUAAUGGACAUGCAGAUUUUCAUGACAAAAUUUAGCACUGUAAAGUUCCUAAUAAAAGAGGUUGGUGGUGGUAAUUUUGUUUUAUAAGAUGGGGCCAUGCUAAUCAGUAGAGCUCAGAUAGAAAUAUCUGUACUAGGUGAUGUUUGUUUUCAUAAACCAAAGAGUGGUGAGGUAAUUUAGGCUCAAGUGUUUGAGUUGGAUGGAGAAAAUAACAUUUCUUUUCUACGUGUGGUUACCAAGGUGUGGGUUCCUAUAUAAUCUGGCUAGAUUAUUUUGUUUGUCUGGGGAGGGGGUUAAGUUUUAUUUGUUUUUCUGCUCAUGGCAGGGUGCUUGUGAAAAAUGCAUCUAUGUUUUGUCACUUGAUCACUAUUGGUUGUUAUGUAGUUUUGUGGUUGUGUUCAUUUGCCUAUCGUAGACCAAAAUAGCUUUUUUUAUAUGAAAUGCAACAAAACAUAAAAAUGAAUUUGACGCAGUAGCUGCGAUGUAAACUAUCGCAUGUUCAAACGUGGCUAAGAUUGUACAUGUUGCAUUGUUCCUCUGACAAAAACACAUUAGCUCUCAAUAUUCAUUGGUUAUGUUCUCGAUACACACACAUUUAGCAAAUCAGCGUAGACCUUUUCAGCUUCACAAAUUGUUAUAUUUAAUUUGUUUGUCUUCAGCAGACACUAAUUGUGAUACCAAUUUUCAUCAGAUAUUGGAUCUAUCUGACUAAUAUUCUAAGGCUAUCCCGGAAAUAUUAUCAGAGGAUUACCACUUAGAAUGAAUUUUGCAAUUUAUACUUGAGAUGGACCAAGAUGUUAAGUUUGCACAUCUUUGUAGGUUGUUUUAAGCCAAAAAAGAGAGAAUAAUAAUACACACUUUAAUUUGUCAAACGUAGAGGAGAUGCUCGUCUUUGAGCCUACGUCCUUCAUGUUCAUUGAAAAGCAUUAGAGCCAGCCAUCACAUGAGAAUCACUCAAAACUAAAUAAAAAACAAAAAGAGAGAAAUUAAAACCAAACUGUUAGAUGACUUUAAACUUGAUGAUGUGCUCCAAAUAUGCGAUAAGUCAGUCUCAUUUUUGAAAAUGAUUAUGAGACAGUAUAUUUUUGUAAUAAUGUACACAUCAUCUGCGAGCAGGAAGUAAACCCUUUGGCAAAUUUAUCGACAAUAUUGCAUCAGUGUAAGGGGUUACUACUUGAGGUGAACCUGCUGUGUAUUUUUCAUCCAGUAUGUUCAGAGAAUGAAAUCUGAUUAAUUUUGGGCCGUGUUUUGCAACCAGGAGUGUAAGGACAGAAUUUGACGUAAGAUUUGUUUUAAUGAUGACAGCUCAGAAAUCAAGCGUGCCCAGGUUUAUAGAAGCUUAGGCUUUGUCAUCUGACUUUUUAAGCUUUUUGCUGCCAUAUCUUGUAUGUAGAUGCUUUUGUAAAAAAAAGAAAAAAAAAAGGCACUUGAGUUGAACUAUAAGAUGUGCUUCUGAAUAUGUGUAUAUUUUGUUAGGCUUGUCGCCUACAUUAGCUUAUACUAUUUUAUUAUCUCCCUUAAAAAAAAAAAAAAUCUCCUAUACAGAUUAUGAACUUGGCAGAAGUGGAGCUGUUGUAGUAAUGGUAGUUAACAUCACAACUAAGCAACCCUGAAAUAUAUGCUGCAGUAAUGUGUUUUCAGUUUCUUUGUUAAUUUAUGCUCUAAGUUUGGUUUGUAUUUUAUUAUUAUUAUUAUUAUUAUUGUUAUGAAACAAGCUUGUUUGAAAUGUUUUUGACUGCUGUUUUGGAAUAGGGGAUAAGGUUUUUUUUUUUUUUUUGAAAUGUAUGUGCAAGGAAGUUUUAUAAUAUGAUUUGUCAAACACUGGACUGGAGUGAGUUUCCAACAUUUCCAAGUUGAGAGAUAGUUGUAUUUGACAGACAUAACUGCACAGACUACAUCCCUUAGCACAGACAUGACCUGACAGACGAAAGAUGAAGCACAUCCUCCCAGCUGUACAGGGGAGGGUGACGAAACACGGGCCGCCCCUCUUCUCCGCUCAAAAUAGGGGUCACACAGAUGUGAGAAAUCUGAUUUCCUUUGCUCUGAUCAAUCGCUUUCAUUGGGUGAGGGGAUACACACAAGAAGAAAUAUUGAUUUAUUCCCCACCUUCCAAAUUGCUGCAUGGCAUUGAUUGGUAAUCAUUGAAUAAAUACAUUUUUUUCUCUCUUUAAAGUACUGUUCUCGAAAAUAUUAUCAAAAUUCAAAAAGGGAUACCGCUAGCCAGUAAUCGAAAUCACCUGGUAUGUUCUUGCUAUGAUAUGACAGUUGAGUCUCAUCACACCAACCACCACUUCUCAAACCAGAAAAGAGAUUUGCACUAGACUUGUUUUGGUCUUCUUUUUUUAAUCAAAAGCAAUAUAAUUCAGAUCAAUAGACACAUUUUUUGAAACCACAGUUUUUACCUGAGAGUCGUCUGCCCACAGUGGGAAUGAUGAGCAAAUGGUGAUAUUUGAAACGUUUUGUUUUUGUAUAGCAUAAAGGUACAGAAUUGGAAGUGUCAUGCCUUUUUUUUUUUUUUUUUUUUUUUUUUUUUUGGAAAUGCACAUAAACUUUGAAAAAAAAAAAUCCUAGGAAGCGUAGCUGGUUUGGCCCAGCAGGACCCCCCCAGUAUCAGUGUCCAGAUUUUGAGGGGCAUUAACACUGUUGUUUCCUCCUGUGAUUGUUUUGGACAAAUCAAACAGCUCUUCGCGGAAGCCGAAGUGAGAGACGGGAACGUGUGAGGGGAAGGCGCCAUUUCCCAUACGUUAGGUGUAAAACGUCUUCAUCACGCAGCCAUGGCUCAGUGGCCGAUAUUUAAAGAUAAUACCAAAACAUAGCCCACUCGUCCACUGACGCGAACGCACACAUACACACACACACACACACCCACCCUCUUAAAAACAACUGUGUCAUCUGCAUAUUCGAUCACUACGAGUGCUUUUUUUUCUGGGAUGUUACCAAAAAAAAAAGAAAGAAGCGCUUUAAAGUGAAACAAUAAUGAAAUGCUUUCUUAAAUGAAAAGAUCGAUUCCAAACGCACCUUUUUUUGUCACAUAAACACAACAUCCAUUGGCUACGUAGAGAAUUUGUGUCCACCAAAAUGUAUCAUAUUUCAUCCUUGUUCAGCGAGGUCAUCCCACGACAGGAGCGGUUCUUGACCUUAACGUCUUUUAUUUUGUCGAUUGAUGAGUGUAAAUCUUCAGUAAUUCAUGACAGCAAAGCGUCACCAUUUUAUCUGGACGUAGUAGCUUUCCUGUUUUUCACCGCUUUGUGGUGUUGUUGAAAGAUGUUGCGGUUUGUCUAAAUAUGUUGCGUGUUAGAGGAAGCAUAAGUAUGUGCCUUCUUGUAAUCUCCUUGGUGAGCUUGUUAUUAUUGAGAAGCUGAAGCCAGCCAAUUGUGUUUGCACUAAAAACCAAAUUGCUUUUGUGAUGUAGACUAUUUAAGCAAGCUUGUUGCGUCACUUUAACCGUACAGUAUGCAUGAGGGUGAAAUUGGUAAGUCUAGGGCUAGAGCUCUCAUCUGUUGACCUGUAAAACCAGUGCAGCUUAGAGGAUCUUGUGAAUAUAUCUUGGCUUAGUUUCGCAUUCAGUUUUCAAUUCCAUCUCCUUAUUCGUCAAGUUUGUCGUUGACAAUUUCCACAGUUUAAAAAAAAAAAGGAAAAAUAAAAAAAGAAGAAAUAAUAACAAAAAAAUAGCAAAUAACACAUACCAUGAAUACAACUCAGCUUUUAUUUUCACAUGCCACAGCUUGAGAGCUACACAACUGUAGUAGAGAUAUUCAUUUCUCUGAAUCCAUGGGAAUGCAUGAGUAUAUGAGGUCGCCUCAAGACUAUUGGUCAGAUUAAUUUAGGUUGUUUUUGAAAAACUUGUAUUUAUUACCUAUUUUGUUGACAUCUAACAGAAAAGGCCUACAUGCUUUGAGUCUUACAAUUGCACCUUAUUCAUGUCAGUCCAUGUGGAAAAGGCUGGCAAUGUAAUAUCUCUGAUUUAGCACCUUACUACACAGCAUGUUUUCACUUUAUGCCAGUUUAGCUAUUCUUCCAUGCAUUUGAUUUCCAAAAUAAAUUUUAUAUUUUGUGAAAUUGUUUAAAGGGAUGUGCCAAAGUUUGGAGGCGAUCUCCCAAGUGUUUAUGCUUAUCAUUUUCUUUUUCCUCCUCCUUCAGUUAUAGCAAUGGUAUGUCAAAACUUUCCUAUAACAGUGUGUGGAAUCAAGUUAUUUCAGCAAACAGUAUCAUUACUUGCCAUUUUACAAUAAGCCCUGUAUUUCACAUAUAUUUACCAGUGAUGUGUAUUUGUUAUUAUAAAGAAAAUAGCCGUAAAAGCUUCAUUAUGUUACAUAAUAUUGUGACUUUUUUCGAAAAACUGUGAAGACUUAUCUUGCAUAUACUUUAUACAGAAGUAUUAAGCCUUAAUACAAAAGACUAAAAAAAGUGUGGAAGAAUAAACUGAUUGUUGCUAAGUAAGGAUGAUUUUUGUAAAUGUUACCAGCACUUUUUUUGUAAUUUUCACUCUCUGAGGUAUUGUACAAGUUCAAGCUGUUUGUGAAGUUUGAUUAUGAAGGAAUAAAACUAGUACUUUCCUGUACUUCACAGAA